GCAGUCUGUUCAUUCUGUGUUGUUCCGUUGCGUGCGCUGGCGAGAUUCAAAAUCGUCCGCCGGCCGUCGGUCAGUCGCGCUGUGUUUCUUUACUAUACGUGAAGUGUGCGUUUGCCGAUCACCUUCUCACUCGUGUUGGGGUGAACAAUUUUCUCAAAAAUCUAACAAGUGCACGAGGACAACAACAUACAUCAAUUAUUUUACCUUAACAACAUCCAACAAGAGAAAUCGAGUCUGAUUUAUACUGCUGGUGCCGAAGUAGAAGGAGGAGCCGCUGCGACAGGGGCAGCGCAGGAGGUGGUGGUGAACGAUGAGCCAGACGGAUCAGCAGAAGCAGGAGCAAGAUAAGAGCAUGGACAAGAAGGAGAUAGCCGAGGAGGAGGAGAGGGAGAAGAUGCUCAACGCGGAGAACAUGAAGCACUCGGGAGCGGCGCCUGCCCAGGAUCUCGAGGUCGACGAGCACAAGCCCAAGAGGAAAAUACCCGUCGGUGGGAUCAAGAUGCCCGGUUUUUGCCGAUCCAAGAGCAAGGAGCCCUGCAAGGAGGAUGACGCGAAGCCAAACGAGACCGAUGGCGACGCUCCGGCCAAGGACGGGGACAACGGGGUAGCUACCGACAAGGCAGCCUCGACCCCGGCCAAGGAGCCGAAGGAAAAGGAGGCCCGCAGAGGCAUCAUCCAGGCCAUCCGGCUCCCGCUGUCCAACGUAUCGAGCGUCUUCUCGAGGAAGAAGAAGGAGGCGGACGCCGAGUUGGGAACGACCGGAGCUGCCGGUCUGGCCAGCGUCGAAACGCUGGACGACGCAACGCAGGAGAAAAAUAAUGCGGCCACUGAGGAAGACGCAAUGGACUCUGUGCGCCUAGACGCGGAAGCCGGCGACGCGCCGACCAAGCCGUUAUACUACGUCACCAUCAUUCAGGCCAUCAGGCGAAACCUCUCCUACUGUGCCGCAGCACUGGUGAUCCUCUUGGCCUUUGUGAUCAUAAUAACUAUCGCUUGUGCUGGACCGAGACGCGAGCCGCCUUCACCGGUUCGUGACGACAAAGUCAUCAGCCAAGCGUCAUGCGGUCCUGUCGAGGGUCUCGUCGAGGAGGACGCGCACGUCUUCCGUGGCAUACCCUACGCGAUUCCUCCGCUGGGCGAGCGCCGUUGGCAACACUCCGAGCUGAUAAACAAGCUUGAGAACUGUUGGAACGGCACCUACCUCGCCCACAAUGCGUCCAACGUUUGCUGGCAGCGCAACCGCGCCAACAACACCAUCUACGGGAGCGAGGACUGCCUCUACCUUGACGUAUUCACGCCCGAGGUCAGGUUUGAGAACCCCAUGCCGGUCGUCGUACUCAUUGGCGCCGAUACACUUAGCGGGCCAUCGCCUGGUAUUAUGCUGCCAUCCGGCAAGCUCGCUCACGUCAAGGAGGUCGUCUUCGUCAGGCCCAACUUCCGACUGGACGUGUUGGGCUUCCUCGCGGCAAAGCCGCUGUCCGUUGCAGCCCUCAAACCGAGCUCCGGCAACUACGGCCUUUCUGACAUCAUCAAUGUUCUCAAGUGGGUCCAAUUGAACAUAGAGUACUUUGGAGGUAGCAAGGACCUUGUGACCGUCUGGGGACACCGGGCUGGCGGUACCCUUGUAACUGCUCUACUGGCCUCUCCUCGUGCCAAGGGUCUCUUUUCCCAGGCCUGGAUCUCCAGCGGCAGUGGCCAAUUCCCCAACGAAGAUCUCAAAACGUCCGAGGAAAUGAGUAAGGAGUUCCUUGAACGCACCAGGUGCUCCAACGCCGACUGCUUGAGAAACAAGAGGGUCGAGGAUAUUAUGAACAGUGUACCACUCGCGUGGUAUGCGGUCAACGACGGACUGCCCGAAAAAAGGGAGGACACCUUGAAGAAACACAAGUGGCUUGUCAAGGAUGGUAUCUUCAUUAGGCAGCACAUCGGUGAGGUUCUUCGGAAUCAGGAUACUCUGCCCAUUAAGAUUGUCAUGGGUACCACUGCAUACUCCGGAAGAUUACCAGAAGCUGUCAGCAGAGACAACUUUGAUUUGACCAAGGAACAGGUCAAACAGUACCUCACAAACUCUCUGUUAGGUGAAAAAAAUGUUGUCGACGAAGCUAUGCAGACAUACUUUGAUAACUCGACAUUAAAGAAGACACCAAAAGAGACACUGCACAUGAUGAUCUCGGACGUGAGGGUGGUCUGUCCGUUGAUGUUACUCGCCAAGAUAAGAACCGACGUUCCCUUCUACAUCUCGAACUUCACGAACAACGUCAAUCUCACGGUGGAUAGCGAUGCGGGGGCCAUUCUUGGAUUCUUCCCCAAUGUAACGCCUCAGCAAAAAAGGCACUUGCAAGCGAUUCAGGCCCUCUUUUUCCACUUUGUCGGAAACAGAGAGAUUCCGCAAGCCAACAACGCAAAUAGGAUCCUCACCAUCGAUCAGGACGUCAACGCGCAAGUUGACUACGAAAACUGUAACCUCUGGAUCAAAAAAGAUUUAUCACCGUUCUACGCGAGGGUGGAUUAAGGUAGCUGACUGAAGCUCGUUGAUCGACUCUUUCUAUACACAAAAGAAGACAUUUUCAAGUCUGAAAAAUACAUGAGAUUGUCAGAUCAAAUGAAAAACAAAUAAAGAAGAUAAAGAGGUCUUUGAUAGCGCCAUGAGGUAUUCUUUGUCUGACUGCUUUUAAACAUUUUUUGAAGAUUUUAAAAGUUGUUAAUAAUUUUGUCGUCUCAUUUGUUAUUAACGACCGAUCCAAUAAUAACUUUCUCUAAUGGUUGUUUUGACCAUAUACUUAGGUUAUUCAACAUCAAAACUCAUUCAUAAACUAUUUCGUUGUAUAUGCCAUAAAACAUUCUAAUUUUUUUAUUUUUAACGUUCGCGAAAUAAUUUGACGAAAAAAGUAUUGUAUUCGUACUAUAUUCAUUGAUUAGAGUUUUGUAAAGUUUUUAUGGUAUUUUUAACCAAUUUUUUUUUAUUUUAUUUUUUUUAUUUACUAACGUCUUUUGUGAAUAGUUUUAACGUGAUUUGCGAUUAUAUGUCGAUACUUUUUUUCUCAAUCAUCGCAGAUUCAGGACAAAUUGUUAAGAUUAGAAAUUAUCUUAUUUAAUGAAUCCAAUAUGCAUAUGAGUGUAAACUUGUGCGUACAGAUAAUUUUCGUAUGCAACAUAGCUGAAUAUGCGAUUAAAAAAAAACGUAUUAACUAUAUGUAUGUUUAUAAAUGUGAAUCAAAUGUAAUAUAUUGUGAGGAGGGUAAUAAAGUACGAUUGACAUAUAUGCACAUAUUGAUUUAUAUACAUGGCAUAUAAAUUUAUUUGUGCAUAUGUGUGUUGAAGCAAAGAUAAAAUAGAGACAAAAAUUAAUGCUGGAGAAAGAUGGAUAAUAAUGUUUAGUUUAGAUAAAAAAGAAAACGAACAAUGCAGUUAAUGCAUAUUUAAUUAUAAUAAGAUGCAACUCGUAUGCGAUGCAGCAACUAAGAAGUGUGCAAAAUAUCUCCUUGUUGCUCAUGAUUUGUACGAGCUUGCUUUAGGUAUAAGGUAGUAUUUAAGUUUAUAAAAAUGUAAUUCGUUGGCGUUUAUUAAGUCGUCAUGCUUCAGCACGUAACUAGAAAAAAAAAUUUUUGGAUUUUAAAAAAGCACUUAACCGAGGAAUAUGCGAAUGAAUCUCUAUUGGAUCACUUCUGCGGAAUACAUUUUUUUACCGUUUGUACCGAAGGUUAUAAGAUUUUUCUACUUGCCAAAUAUUAACUAUUUAAGGAAGUUAAGUCCCAUAAAGUUAAAUGGGAAAUUUUGUAGACUGCUACCUUAUUUUAACUGCAUAGACACGAAGUACGCGUGCUUUUCCAAAGCAAACUAAGCCUUUGUAUGAUCAUGCAGUUUAAAAAUGAACAGUAAAGUAUUACAUAGUAAAAAUCUUUACUGAAAGGAAGACUCCUUGUAGUAUUUUUCCACUUGAUAAAAUGAAAAAAAAUUAUGAAACAAUUAAUCAAUCAAUCAAUGUUUUGACAAUGUAAAAAAAAUUAUAAACAAAAGAAUAAGCCACCAACGCCUUUUAUCCGCAGCUGUGAUCCAAAAUGCGUCAAGUGUCACACUAUUCCAUUACUCUGUUGUCAAAUAAUGUUUUUAAAACCUUUACCGCUUCUUACAUCGCUGAUUAAAUUUAAUUUAUUACUUUCACACCAAUGUGAUAAAUUAGUAUUUAUGACGGGAGACUGUCUUCUAUAUAGACUUAUUAUUGUAUCGAUGUAGACUUUUUUUUGUACCACAUUUAUUUUUUAAUCUUUAUUACAAGUAAUUACUUUUUUUUUUUUUUUUUUUUUUUUUUCCUAGAUGUUACAUGUAAUCUGUUAACAUGUAAAAGUAAAAUGUUUGCAAUAUCAACGACCAAGUGUUUUUUGUGACUAUAAGUACAACCGUACUGCGGAAAUAUAAAAUUAUAAAAUUUCAAAUGCUAAUAAAUCGCGACAUGUCGAUAAGUGAUUUAUUGUAUUAACAUAGUGUCAAUAAAAAUAAUUAGCCUUACA